AUGGAAAAGGAGUUGCAAAUGUAUAUGGAGCAAACCACAGCUCUGACCUCCCCUCCUCCGACGAGCUUCUCAACGCCGCGAGGACGGCGUCUCUCCUCCCUUCUCCACUGGAUCUCCUCCUUCCGCUCGUCGGAGACGCACGCGCUCUGCUCCCUCUUCCCCCUCCUCCGCUCCCUCCCGCUCUGGAUCCUCGCCUACCAAAAGGUCGCCGCCGACGACACCGGAUCCUACGUCCCCAAGCACUCCAUCCCCAACUCCGCCCUCGAGGACCUCCUCUCCCUCCGGAACGCCGUCCUUGAUGGAAGGUUCCGGUUCGGUUCCCGCCUCGAGUCCUUCAUCCGGUCGCCGAGGGAUAAGACUGAUCUCGAGUCGCUCUCGAAGAGAAAGAUCAAAGCUUUGCUCACGACGGCUCAGCCGUCGCCGUUCCAGGAUAGGAUUGUUCAGGAGGUGCUGCUGAUGGUUCUUGAGCCGAUUUAUGAAGCGAGGUUCUCGCAGAAGUCUUUCGCGUUUCGGCCUGGGAGGACCGCGCAUACUGUGAUUAGGGUCAUUCGCCGGAGCUUUGCUGGGUAUUUGUGGUACAUUAAAGGAGAUCUCAGCACAAUUCUCGAUGGGGUUAAACCUGGAUUGAUCAUCAAUGCGUUGAUUCGGGAUGUUAGGGAUAAGAAAGUUGUGGACUUGAUAAAGGCUGCGCUUGUUACUCCGGUGAUUACUGGUCGACCUGGGGAUGAUGAGGCCGCGAGGAAGAAGAAGAAAAAGAGGAAGUAUCAGAAGAAGAGGGUUUUAGCUGAGGAUGAACCUAAACCUGAUCCUUAUUGGCUUCAGACUUUCUUUGGGUUUGCUCCUGAGGAGGCUGAGAAGUUACCCGAUUGGGGACACUGCGGGGUUUUAAGCCCGUUGCUUGCAAAUGUGUAUCUUGAUGAACUCGAUAAAUGGAUGGAGAAGAAGAUUAAGGAGUUUUAUAAGCCAUCUAAAGCUGAUGUUAUAUGGAAUGGGGAAGAGGGCGAGAUGGAACAAGGGAACACUUCAUGGCCAGAGUUUGUGCCCACAAGUGGUCCCGAUAAGACGAGGAAGAUGGAUUAUAUUCGGUAUGGUGGGCAUUUCUUGAUUGGGGUUAGAGGUCCUAGAGCUGAUGCUGCAGUACUAAGGAAAGAACUUAGUGAGUUUUGUGAUCAAAGGUAUCAGCUCAAGCUGGAUAAUGAGUCUCUCCCAAUUGAGCAUAUCACCAAGGGGAUUAUGUUCUUAGAUCAUGUUUUGUGUCGUAGGGUUGUGUAUCCUACACUCAGGUACACUGCUAGCGGUGGUAAGAUUAUAAGUGAGAAGGGCGUGGGAACUUUAUUAUCAGUUACAGCCAGCUUAAAGCAGUGCAUAAAGACAUUUAGAAAGUUGGAGUUUUUAAAGGGAGAUAGAGAUCCUGAUCCACAACCUUGUUUUAGAAUGUUCCAUGCAACACAAGCGCAUACUAACGCGCAGAUGAAUAAGUUUUUGGCAACGAUGGUGGAAUGGUAUCGGUUUGCUGAUAACCGGAAGAAAAUAGUUAACUUUUGUUCUUACAUUUUAAGGGGUUCAUUGGCAAAACUAUAUGCUGCCAAGUAUAAACUUAGGUCAAGGGCGAAGGUGUACAAGAUUGCUUCAAGAAAUCUAAGCCGACCCUUAAAGGAUAAGAAGGGGUUGUCACCGGAGUACCAUAAUUUGUUGAGGAUGGGCUUGGUUGAUUCUGUUGACGGGCUUCAGUAUACGAGGAUGUCACUUGUUCCAGAGACAGAUUAUACACCAUUUCCAAGUGGUUGGAGACCGGAUCAUGAGAAGGUUUUGACGGAACUCAUAAAGCUUGAGGAUCCUAAAACUCUGGAGGAGCAGCGGAAUUGUCUUCGGGAGGAGGGGCUUAUAACUCCGCAGGAUUAUGUUUCUAUGUUUGUUUGGAAUUAUAAGAAGAAUGCUCUCGCAUCACCACCUUUGGGGGAGAGUGAUACUCAGAGAGCUAAAGAAUUCCUGGGAUCGAAUGUGGAUGAGAAUAGGGUUUCUGAUGAUGAAGGGAAUGGAGUCAUUGUGCAAAGUGCAGAGUUGUGAAGAUGUUAGAUAUUUUUAUUUGAGUGUUUGUAUUGAUGCUCAGAGAAGCAGAUGGUUGGAGGUUCUUCAUCAAUCUUGAAACUCAAAAGGUUGACCAGUCAUUAGUCAUGGGAAAGUCACCCUGUAAAUUAAAAAAAUGUACAAUUUAAUUUUUUUAGAAGAUCAAGUUGCUUGUUUUGGAUA